AUGGAUACUAUCAAAUCAAACAAGGCUUGUGCAGCUUGCGAAUAUCAAUGGAGAAAGUGUUUAAGAGAGUGUUUCGCUCCAAAUUUUCCGGCCGAUAAACCAAUAAUGUUUCACAGUGCUCAUUGUUUGUAUGGCGUUUCUACGAUAGCGAGAAUUCUAAAUGAUGUUGCUAAUGUUCGUUAUAAUUUUUACAAUAAUGAAAAUAAUAUUGAAAUUAUGAUGAAUGCGUCUCCUUUAGAUAACAUUCCCCGUGAUAUUAACAAUACUCCGACUAAUACAAAUUUGAAUAUAAAUUCAAUGGAUGCAAUAAGGGUUGCACAAUUGAGUGAAGGACUACUCUCCAAUACACAUGUUAGUGCAAACGAUGAUUUGAAGGAAGAGGAAGAAGAAUUUGAUGUUAAUAAUUUCUUCAUUCCAGAUUCUGAAAUUGAUAGGAUUUAUAAUGGUGAUGAACAAUCCUUUGUAGAAAAAGAUGCAAUAUCUGUAACAAAUGAAUAUGUCAUUGAUGCCUUCAACAAGAGAAAUAGAUUUUUCUAG